ACUCGGCGCGCGCGGGCGUUGUUGCAGUCCAGAGCGUGCUACCACACACGCCGCUGCGUGCUCGCAGCUGUACGAGAUCCUUUCAACUCCUAGAAACGCCUGCAGCCUCAACGCGCAACUCGCAGCAGCGAUAUGGUAGCCAUGCAUCAGCUGGCAGCGCUCUGCAUCGCCACAACAACGCUCGCAUUCGUGCCACCGCACCUCCACAAACCCUCGCACCGCAUGCGCGCGGCGCCGGAGGGCGCCGACCUCGAGGAAUUGUGGCGCGCGCACUCCAAGCCGCUGCUGCGGGUCGGCGCCAACGGCGUGAAAGAAUCGCACCGCAACUCAUUAGUAGAACUACUGGAGGCGCACCCCUACGUCUGCGUGAAGGUGAACGGCGCCAAAGACGCAACUGCGGUGGCCGCGGCGGCGGACGCGCUCGCGGGCGACGGCGCGGUCGCGCUCCUCACGAAGAGCAACUCGGUGCUCUACGGCAAGCCGGGGAGGUCGUCGCGCGCGCAAAAAACAAAGAUGUUGCAAGUGGACCCGGCCGCUAUCGGCAAAAUCAUCGGCAAGGGCGGCGAGACCGUCCGGGGGCUCGUCGCGGACUUUGACCUCGCGAACAUAGACGUUGCUGACGACGGUUGCGUGACGAUCUCGGGCGGCGACGAGGCUCAGGUGGACGCGUGCGCGGCGCGGAUCGGUGAGCUCGUCGACGUCGAUUUAGGACGAUGAGUAAAUUGUAUAGAGGCAC